AUGUAUUCAACUUUUACACAAUAUAUUUCGGCCAUAACAAACCAUUACACCUCAACAAACACCGAUACUCAAACAAACCAACAGACAGGAACUAAUUUUGGCCAGUCGGUCUCGUCUCCGACGCAUCGGCCGCGCAGAAGGACGACGGGUCUCCGCGCAGAAACUAGAUUUCGUGUUCUUCUGUACACUUGCACUCAGGACGACUGGCGCCAUUCGGCGUUGGAGAGAUUGGAAGAGCAGUUGCAGAUCGAGGAGUGGUUCGGUUGA